AUGGCAACUGCUCAACUUGUGCACACUGGGCCAAAGCCAAAAACAUCCAAGGAGACAGUUCUGUUUCCAAACAGCGUUGCUACUGAGCAACAGUCUAUGAGUCUGAUGAAAAGGCUGCUGGCAAUUUCAGUCUCCUGUAUAACGUACCUCAGAGGGCUGUUUCCAGAGAGCUCUUAUGGAACCCGCUAUUUAGAUGACAUGUGCCUAAAAAUCCUCCGGGAAGAUAAAAGCUGCCUGGGUUCACUGCAGAUAGUCAAAUGGAUUCAGGGAUGCUUUGAUGCACUGGAAAAGAACUAUCUCCAUAUGGCUGUCUUGGCAAUCUAUACUAAUCCCCAAGAACCUGAACAUGUGACAGAACUCUACCAGUUCAAAUUCAAAUACUCAAAGACUGGAGCCCAGAUGGAUUUUUCUAGCACUCAAGUGAACAUUAUGAAUAGAGUAAACAGUGAGGAAAUUAAGGAAGCUAGCAUCCUGCUGAUCCGCAAAUUGUAUGUCUUAAUGCAGAAUCUUGGACCACUUCCUAAUGAUAUUACCAUGACCAUGAAGCUCUUCUACUACAAUGAUGUCACACCAGAUGAUUACCAGCCCCCUGGCUUUAAGGAAGGUAGCAGACCAGAUUGCUUGCUUUUUGAUGGCAACCCAGUGAACCUAAAAGUAGGAUCAGUUGCCACUGGAUUUCAUGCUCUGAAAGUGAGAGUUACAACUGAGAGCAAAAGAAUGGGGAUGCUGGAGAACAGCCUAGUUCAAGAGAGUGGCUCAACUGAGAUCUCCCAUGAAGGACUAGACUGUGAGGAGGAAGAGGAGAACCGCACUAAGAAAGACCUUCAGGCCAUUAACAAGAAAUUGGAUAAAAAGAGCAUACUUGAAGACGAUGUAGAUUCAGGUUGCAAGGCUGUUUUGUCUUUGGAUCCAAAGAGAGCAGAAGCCGCUAGGAAAACCGGAAUAGAAAAUCCAGAAACAGUAUUUGGUGCUAAAACAUAUCACCAGGUACAGAAAGUGGACCUUGCAUUUAGCCAGGAGGAAGUGGGUGGUGCAGUAAAGAAGAGGAAGAUCAGUGAGCCAAUCAAUUUAAUUCCAGCAGCUCACAGAUUAUGACUGACAUAGAUGGGGUUGCCUUAACUGUAAUGAACUAGUAGGUAUUCUUCCUAUUGGCACAGUCUUGAGAAUUUUUAUCUGCCUUACUUGCCAUACAGAUUAUAUACUUAAUGUUUUUUUCUGAUUUCAUCUGGUUUUGUUUUAAACUAUGUAAUGAAUAGAUAAAACUAAGUUAUUGUCAAAUGUUACAGCCACUCUAAUGAUGUAACUGAACCAAAAAAGUUAAUAUCCUUGC